CCACUUUAUAGCCUGGACACAUACAAUCAGCAGGCCAGCCAGGAUGGGGCUUGUUCAUGUUGCUCUGGUUGUGUUGAGUCUUCUGUCUGCUGGUCAGUCAGCUCCUGUGACCAGCUGUGAAAGUCUGCUGCAACCUCUUGAAAUCCAGGGAAGAGAUCAGCUGCUGGGAAGAUGGACGUACAUAGCAGAAAGCACAGACAUACCCGGAGCCAGAACACUGACGAAGAUGCUUAUUGAGACCACCUGGCUGAACAUCACUGCUGGUGACAACAAUGAUACCAUCAAUAUUGUUCAGAAUCAAAAAACGAUGGGCCUUUGUUUGAGUGUCUCUUCCAAACUGACCUUGAAAAACAACACUAUCAGUAGGGAGCAACCUUACCCUGGUUCUGCCAUCCUACUGAACACCGGCUGUCCUGAUUGCCUUGUUUUCUAUGCAAAUUACACCAUUGGACAAAGCACAUACAAAGGUGUCCAGCUCCUGAGUAGGAGACCUAAGCUGUCCGAUACUGAGAUGGAAGAGGUUACAAAACAAAUGAUGUGUCUGAACUUACCGAAACCCGUUGUCCUGGAUCCAGAAAAAGGUUUCUGCUCCGAGUCCCAAGGAAGGACCUUUGACCUGACUGAUACCAUUAACAGCAUGGGCUCCGAUCAGUUCAGCAAACUGGACAAGAUUUUCCAAAGUGAGGGUGGAGUACAGACACUUAUGGAAAUGAUCACCAGCGCUGUAGCUCGAAUAAAUUCUAAUUAACUUAGUCAGAACUGUCAGGCGACGCUUUGAUAAUGAUGAAGCCGUGUCUCUAAAGAGAAUUUUUCCAUUACAGUAAAGUUGGUAACUGCA